AUGAAGGAAAAGCCGGGUGGAAAGAAGCAGCCCGAAUUAGUACUGGAGAGAGUGUUGGACAGGGAGAAGCAGAGCUCCUUUGAGUUAGUGCUGAUGGCGGUGGACGGGGGGGACCCCGCGAGGUCCGGGACUGUCCAGGUUCUCAUCAACGUGACGGAUUUAAAUGACAACCCGCCCGUGUUCAGCAAAGGCGUCUACGAGGCGAGAGUGGCAGAGAAUCUUCCAGUGGAGUCACUGGUGCUGCAGGUGCGGGCCACGGAUGCGGACGCAGGCUCCAACGGGCGAGUUUCCUACUCUUUUGGUAGCGUCCCGGACACCAUCAGGGCAUUGUUCGCUAUCGACAGUGAGAACGGAGAAGUUAGGACAGCGGGACACCUCGAUUUCGAGGAAAGGAAUAAAUACAUCUUCGGCCUGGAGGCAACAGACCCUGGUGGGCUCACCGACCACUGCGAAGUGCAGAUCGACAUCACCGACGAGAAUGACAACGCGCCCGAGAUCACGAUUCUGUCGCUGUCGAGUCCCGUACCCGAGGAUGCACCGGUCGGUACUGUGGUGACUGUGCUGAAAGUUCGGGACAGAGACUCGGGCGAGAACGGUCAGGUGUCGUGCGAGCUGUCGGGCGAAGGGCCACUGUCGAUCGUGGCGUCGCCGGGCGGCUCGUACAAGGUGGUGACGGUGAGCGCGCUGGACCGCGAGCAGGCGUCCGAGCACCGCGUGACGGUGGUGGCCCGGGACCGGGGUCGGCCGGUGUUGUCGAGCAGCACGGAGAUGGUGCUGGAAGUGUCGGACGUGAACGACAACGCGCCGGUGUUCGAGGAGGCGGCGUACAGCGCGUACGUGGCGGAGAACAACGCGGCGGGCGCGCUGUUGCUGCGCGUGCAGGCGCGGGACGCGGACGCGGGCGCCAACGGGCGCGUGAGCUACUGGCUGGCGGGCAGCAGCGCGGGCGCGGCGCCGCUGGUGUCGGUGGAGGCGCGGAGCGGCGCGCUGUACGCGCAGCGCUCCUUGGACUACGAGCAGUGCCGCGAGUUCUCGGUGGAGGUGCGGGCGCAGGACGGCGGCGCGCCGGCGCGCAGCUCCACGGCCACGGUGCGCGUCUUCGUGCUGGACCGCAACGACAACGCGCCGCGGGUGCUGUGGCCGGCGGCGGUGGCGGCGCCGGCAGAGGCUGCGGCAGUGGCGCCGUUCGAGGUGGUGCCGCGCUCGGCCGAGGCCGGCUACCUGGUGGCCAAGGUGGUGGCGGUGGACGCGGACGCGGGGCGCAACGCGUGGCUGUCGUACGAGCUGGUGCAGGCGUCGGAGCCGGCGCUGUUCCGCGUGGGGCUGCACAGCGGCGAGGUGCGCACGGCGCGCGCCGUGUCCGAGCGGGAUGCGGCCAAGCAGCGGCUGGUGGCCGUGGUGAAGGACCACGGGCAGCCGGCGCUGUCGGCCACGGCCACGCUGCACGUGGUGCUGGCCGAGAGCUUGCAGGAGGCGCUGCCGGAGCUGAGCGAGCGGGCGGCGGGCGCCGAGGCGGCGGCGGCCGAGCUGCAGUUCUACCUGGUGCUGGCGCUGGCGCUGCUGUCGGCGCUGUUCGUGCUGAGCGUGGCGCUGGCCGUGCUGGCGCGGCUGCGCCGGGCCGGGCCGCCCGCCGUGCUGCGCUGCCUGGGCGCGCAGCGCUUCUCGGUGGCCGGCGCCGCCUUCCCGGCCGACUUCUGCGAGGGCACCUUGCCCUACUCCUACAACCUGUGCGUGGCGGCGCCGGCCCGCGCCGUGCCCGAGGCCGCUUGGCCGCCGCUGCCGGUGCCCGUGCUGUCGGCGGAGGAGCUUCUGGGAGGCGAUUCCUGCGACAAGCCGAGUCCGAAUAGUAGUGCUGUCGAGGGAGAUGUGCCUGCCAAUCCCGACGCACUGCAGAAAAGCCGGAGAAGAAUCGAUGUCUCUUUGGCGAAAGACCCGUCCCGCGAGCUGCCCGUGGUCAGGGCACGGCCACAUUGCUCGGGGCUGCAGUGCCGGGAGGAGGCUGCGGGCGCCGCUGUUGACCGAGAGGAGCGAGAGGAAACUCAUAGCGCUGCAGCCCCGCCCGAUCACCCGAUCGCUGGAUUCUUGUCACGGAUGCCGAGCGCUCUGCGAUCGUUCCGGCGGCGCGGAACCGAGCUACGGACAAGCGGAGGAAGCGGCGGAUACGGCUGA